AUGAUGAAUGCUCUUCAUUCCAAACAGCCACAACAACAAAACACAGAAUUGAACAAGGAAAAUCCAGGAAGAGUGCAUCCAAACGUUGCUGCUUCCGGAUUUGCGGUCCCACAAUCACAACAUGCUCUCAAAAAGAACAACUCCUCAGCAGCGAUGCCUUCACAAUCCGUUCCUCGACCACUCUCUGCAUCCUCUCAACGUUCCAAACAACUCCCAACUCGUCCAACAACAACUACUACUACUACCACUACUUCUUCAUCAUCAGAAGAUGAUAUUUGUUACCCUGAUCAGCCCCGUAAUGAUUGGACGAUUGAUGAUUUUGAAAUUGGUAAGCCUCUUGGUAAUGGAAAGUUCGGUCGUGUCUAUUUGGCACGUGAGAAGAAAUCCAAAUAUAUUGUAGCUCUCAAAUUGUUAGAUAAGAAGCAAUUAGAGAAGGAAAAGGUGGCUCACCAACUCCGAAGAGAAAUUGAAAUUCAAUCUCAUCUCAGACACAAGAACAUUCUUCGAUUAUUUGGCUUCUUCCACGAUAAGGACAGAGUCUAUCUAAUUCUCGAGUAUGCUCCUGGUGGAGAAAUGUAUAACUACCUCCAAAAGUGUCGAAGAUUUUCUGAAGAACAAACCUCCAAGUUUAUGUACCAAAUGGCACGUGCUCUUAAAUAUUGUGCUUCCAAGCAUGUGAUCCAUCGUGAUAUUAAGCCAGAAAACUUACUUCUUGAUGCCAAUGGUGAAAUCAAAAUUGCUGAUUUUGGUUGGGCUGUUCAUGCUCCAUCCAGUAGAAGAAGGACUUUGUGUGGAACAUUGGACUAUCUUCCUCCUGAGAUGAUUGAAAAGAAGGCUCAUAAUGCAACGGUAGACUUGUGGUGUAUUGGUGUUCUUUGUUAUGAAUUCUUAACAGGCAAUCCUCCUUUCUAUGCCAACGAUGAUAAAUCCACGAUGAGGAACAUUGUGGCCGUGCGAUAUACAUUCCCAGACUAUAUUAGUGAAGAGGCAAAGGAUUUGGUGAAGAAAUUACUUGUCAAAGAGCCAUCGGAGCGAAUUACUUUGGAUCAAGUGCUGCAACAUCCCUUUAUUACGAAAUAUUGUGGUUGCGAGCAAGCAUAG